AGAGCGAAGCAGGCUGCACGUCGAACGGGGCGCACUGUCACGGCGUAAUAACGGCUGAAGGAAAAAAGUAAUAAAGAACAUAAAUUUGCUUAAAACGACGCCCACAAAAAAUAGAGCAUCACCUUUCAACAUAAAUAAGACACACAUUGCACAUUUGAUGAAUACAUCAAAGUUGAAAAUAAAAGUGGCAACACAUAUAGUUGAAAAAUGUAUUGAGAAAUCGUUCGUGUAAAUGCGUGAAUGUGUGUGUGCGUGCGCGUAAUUAAACAAAAGUAAAUAGCGAAAUCUAGCAUUUUGCAAUACGCUUCAACUCAAACGGGACAUAUACAUAAAUGAAAUUUGCAUUAAAUACGCUCAUACACAACUGAAACGACAGCAGUGACAUUUCCUCUUCGGCGCUGCGCGCAGUCGACGUCAGCGUCAUUGUUAACUGCAUUUGCAGCUGCCGUUUUGCCUUUGUUGUUGUUGCCAUUGCUACUGGACGAAACACAACAUAUCGUUAAAUUGCUGCGCAUGUUUGUAGGUAUGUGUCUGUGUGAGUGCUAGCGGGCGCGCGGUGCUAAAAGUGGAAAGUUGACGUAGUCAAGCUAAACGUUCGCUUGCUUUUUCGUGCAUGCGUGAGUGUGUGUUUGUUUGACAAUAAAACACCGAAAUUUAGUGGGUUUUGUGUGUUAGUGUGUGUGUGGGCAUUAGUCACUCACAUUUGGCCAGUUAGACUUGGACUUGCCCCCCUGCCCCCACUCCCGUGCCACAUUUGGAGCGCAACCGCGGCAGUCGCCUCACCAAAAUCAACUAAGCGCAGCACCAUUUGAGGUCAUCCAACAGCGCACACCCAACUAUUAACAGACAGCAUGACCAUACCAUCUAGACCAGCGCCGGCGCCACCGGGCUCCUUAACUCAGAGUUCCAACGGCUCGGUGGAGCAGUUACGCUUGCGACUACAACAACAACAUAUGCAACAACAACAGGCCGGUGGUGGUCUGCAGAAGCUAACCAUUAAGUUGCCGCCACCUCCGAAGGCUCCACUGCAGAAUGGCAUGCACAGCAACAACAACAAUAACAACAGCAGCAACAAUAACAAUCAUGGCUUUUAUGAUUUGGAGGGCACAAAUGGCUCCAGAUCCAUAACCCGUAAAUUUCCACAGGCACGUUACACGCCAGCCACAAAUUGGAAUGGUGCGCCAUUUGGCAGCGCCUUUGGCGAUGGCGGGAGCAGUGCCGCCACCUCAAACGGCAACUUCAAGAAGGUGCCACCACCGCGACCGCCCCCGCCAAAGGUGCAGUCGACAACUAAUGGACGCAAGGCGUCAGCACCAAAUGCCGGCUCCGGCAGCAGUCUGAUAACGAGCAUAUUCCAUCGCAAAAAGUCAACAACUUCGACGUCCAUGGUCGCUGCUUCGAAGGCCGCAGCACAGAAUCGUGUCUACGGCCUGAGCAGCGGACAUGCGACGACGUCCAACGCAUCCAGCACUGUGGCAAGCACUACAAUAACAAACAGCAACUAUGAUUGGAAUGCGGCCUGGAACAGUGCACCCACAAUCACAGCCACAGCUGCGACCACCACAGCAGCCUCAACGACAGCGUCUAGCGGCUGCGCGACCGAAGCUCAGCUUAUAAGUUUCGAUUCGCCACCCUCGUCGCCCACCUUCACACAGAAAUCGAACAGCGACUGUGUGAGCGUCGAUAGCUUCAGUUCCGACUCAAACUUCAGCUCACCCAAUAAUGGCAGCGUGUCCCAACCGGAAAGCGGUUUCGAGGACGAUUAUCAUGCGCGUUCACGACCAGCGACCACCAGUCCGCUGGACCCUUGGGAAGUUGUUGACAACACAGCCUAUGCCUUCGAUGGCAUCUAUGCUAACACACAGCAGAUGCAGAGCAUUGGAACGGCCCCAGUCCGCCAACUGCAGCAGCCAAGUCGAAGCGUGGAUAAUCCCCUUUGUAAUGGAAAGAGUUUGUUGCCGCCACCGCCCUCGCUGACCAUGCCCACCAUCAUUAAGCCCAAGAUAUCGGCCAAACCAAAGGCGCCCAAACCGCCACCGUUCUUAAGUCAGCCGCCAGGAUAUGUUCUACCAUAUGGUGGUGAUUCAGGUAUUGAUUCAUCAACGCCUCCAUCACCACCCAUGCCCAAGGAAGCGCCACCACCGCUGCCCAGUGCGGUAACAAGCAGCGCCAAUUCUGGAAUAUCUUUGCUCGAUGUCAUUAUGGGCAAGGUGGAUGCCCUUGCCUUGAGUAAUGGCAGUUCCGGUUAUGUCGACGAACCAGAGGUGCCUUAUGCCAUAGCACUCUACGAUUUCGAUGGCGUCGAGGAGGGCGAUCUUAACUUUAGAGAAAACGAAAAGAUCUACCUGGUGGACCAACCCACUGCGGAUUGGUUCCGCGGACGAACGCGUGCUGGUUGCGAGGGCAUCUUUCCGGCUAAUUAUGUGGAGGUCAAGGUGCCAUUGGGCGCAUGUGGUGGUGCUGGUAGUUCACAAGUGGCGGAACAAUUACCCAUGGUGCGCUGUCUGUACAAUUUUCCCGGCGAGGUGGAAGGUGACUUGGCCAUACAGGAAAACGAAUUGGUCACCGUGCUGUAUAGAAUCAAUGAAGACUGGCUUUUUGGCGAGAUAGCGGGACGUCAGGGACAAUUCCCGGCCAAUUUUCUCGAAUACGUGCCCGAUAAUCUGCCGACGGCUUAAAAAGCCAGCACACGAAUAUAUCAAAAGAAAAAAAAUAAUAAUAAUUAAUUUAUAACUUAUGAAAAUUGUCGAUAUAAAACGCGAAAAUGUCGUGCGAACUGAAAUAUAUAUUUACUUCGGUAGUCAGUCAAGAGUCAAAAACAAUCCAAAACAAACAAAAUACGAAGAAAACAUUUCGAUUUAUCGCAUAAAUUCAAUCCAAUUAUUUAAGUGCUUUUUAAAUCAAUCAAAUUGCUAGCAACCGAACACCUUCCUUGUUCCGGCUUCCUAAUUUUAAUCCUAUAUGCUGACCAAUCCACAAAUGUUAUGUUAGUCCCUAUUAAUUGUUAAGCAUAGGCCGCUACGCAUACUAUAUGUAUUUCCAUUUGCCUAUAUGUCUGUUUAUACUCGUAGGCCUCUUUUUUUUUUUGUUUGCUGUUCAAGUAUUCAAAUAGAUUUAACAAGCGCUGUAAAUAAUUUAAAUUUUUGCAACAGUUUAUUAACGUUGAGUGUAAUUUAAUUGCAAUUUUGUUAAUGUGUGUAUUUUGUGUAAUUAGUUUGUAGUUAGGCGCCUUUACCAUUUCCAAUUCAAGCAGAACAUUAAUUAUUCUUAUUUACAUAUAUAUUUCUAUAGCGUAUUAUUUAAUCAUGUAUUACCAAGUGCUCGAGAUAAAGCUGAUAUUGGCUCGUGGCAAACUAUCGAAAACCGUAGCGAUGUAAGAAACUUAUAGGAUUUACAAAUUUAUAUUACAGAUCAUAUACACAAACAGCUAAACUAUAUACAAUAUAUCAAUUAAAUUUAAUCGAAGUGAACCACUCAAUAUACAACACGCAAAAUCAAUUUACGUUAAACAAAAUAAAUGAAUCAUAGGAAAAAACCA